AUGGGUUCCGACCCCCAGUACGCGAAAUGGCCAUUGCUGCCUCUUUCACAGCAUGUCUUCACACUCACAAACGGCUACGCCACCAAGAGUGCGCAACAAGCUUCUGUCAAGGCCCUGCAAGAUGCCAUCUCCCAGGAUAAGAUGGCCCCGUUUUACAAAUACCUCGCCCAUCCGCUCGACGGUGUCCUCAACACCGUUGGCGAGGGCGGCUCGACCGCUCCCGGAAGGCCUCUCAGUAGGAAGUCAAGCCUCGUUGGAAUGGUCGCCACUAAGCCUGCCGGUACGAACAUCAGCCUUCCUUGGGACGAAGGUCUAUACAAUCAGUUGAAGGAGGACAACGACCGCGAGCUGCAAGAGAUCCAGAAAGAAGAGGAUGACGCCAACGAGCAAGCUGGUGAUACUGAGGUCAUGGCUGCCCAGGGCAAAAGGGCAGAGUUCUGGGCUCGUGUUGGAGACAAGGACAAGGCUAUUACCACCUACGAGAGCAUCUUCGAAAAGACGGGCAUCCUGGGUAACAAGAUCGACCUGGUUCUCGCCAUAAUACGCAUGGGCCUCUUCUACGGCGACAAGCCUCUUGUUAAGAAGCACGUCGAGCGUGCCAAGACCCUCGUCGAUACAGGUGGUGACUGGGACCGCCGCAACCGCCUCAAGGCCUACGAGGGUCUGCAUCUUCUCACGGUUCGCUCCUACAACCUCGCAGCUCCUCUGCUCCUCGACUCCCUAUCCACCUUCACAAGCUACGAGCUCUGCACCUACUCCAACCUCGUCGUAUACUCCGUACUCGCUGGCUCGGUCUCCCUCAAGCGUGUCGAUUUCAAGUCUAAGGUUGUUGAUGCACCCGAGAUCAAGGCUAUUCUCGGUGAUGGGGAGGACAAGCUGCUUGCUCUUAGCGGCGCCCUCAGCGCCGGUCCAGGUGCUGACGACAGCCACGGCACGAAGCCACCCAAGUCGACUGCUGCUGUCAAUUUGACCACACUCGGCACCAGCACUGAGCAACCCGAGGCUGAGAUGGCCAUUGACUUUAGCCCAUUGGCGCUGCUCGUCAGCAGCCUGUACAAUGGAAACUACAAGACCUUCUUCAAGUCUCUUGCUGAGGUUGAGGAGCAGUUCCUUAACCAGGAUCGUUACCUCCAUGAGCACAAGAAUUGGUUCAUCCGUGAGAUGCGACUUCGUGCCUACCAGCAGCUUCUCCAGAGUUAUCGCGUUGUCGGCCUUGAGAGUAUGGCUAGCGACUUUGGAGUUACUGUCGACUUCCUCGACCGUGACCUCGCUCGCUUCAUUGCUGCUGGCCGUAUCCCCUGUACUAUCGACCGCGUGACAGGCAAGGGUGUCAUUGAGACCAACCGCCCCGAUGACAAGAACAAGCAGUAUCAGGAUGUUGUGCGCCAGGGCGAUCAGCUCAUCACAAAGCUACAAAAGUACGGCCAGGCCGUACGAUUGAGGGGUAGCGAGAGAGCAUAG